CACUGCUGGGCACUGACUGGCGGCACUGACUGGCACAACCGCUGGGCACUGACUGGCAGCACUGCUAGGCUGCACUGGUGGGUGGCACUGGUGGGCAGCACUGGUGGGUGGGUGGGCACAGGUGAGUGGCACUGGUGGGCACAGGUGGGUGGGCACAGGUGGGUGGCACUGCUGGGCACAGGUAGGUGGCACUUCUGGGCACAGGUAGGUGGCACUGGAGAGGUGGUACUGCUGGGCACAGGUGGAUGCACUGCUGGGCACAGGUGGGUGGAACUUGCGGGUGUCACUGCUGGGCACUGAUCAUCAGGGCACUGAUCAUCAGUGCCCUGAUGAUCGGUGCCGAUCCCCGCUCUGACAACUGCCGGUUCCGGCAGUACUUUCCUCACGAUCUGACAGCGUGAGGAAAGUGCAGCCGAGAACCGGCACUUGCAU